UAGGGUGGGAGAUGCUCUUCGGGAUUCCUCGUGUCUUUCUAGCUCGUUUACCGCGGAGCCCUCCACGGUCUAUAUACUCGUCGUACCACGGGAUGCCUCCUCAGGUAUUUGCUGUCCGUCGUACAACACAUUAGCCACCAUGGAAGAAGACGAUCAGAAGAUGGCCGUGAUGCGCAAGGCGUUCCAGAUGUUUGACACAAGUAAAAGCGGCUUCAUCGAGACCCUCAAGAUCUCCACGAUCCUGAAUACGAUGGGUCAGCUUUUCGACGACGCGGACCUCAACGCUCUUAUCGAAGAGAAUGACCCCGAAGGUUCCGGCCGAGUUAAUUUCGAUGGAUUUUGUAACAUCGCCGGACGAUUCCUCGAAGAGGAAGACGCCGAGGCCAUGCAACAGGAGCUCAAAGAAGCUUUCCGUCUUUACGACAGGGAAGGAAAUGGCUACAUCACAACCGCUACUCUCAAAGAAAUCCUCGCGGCACUCGACGACAAGCUGACAAACCGCGACCUCGACGGCAUCAUCGCUGAAAUCGAUACCGAUGGUUCCGGCACCGUGGAUUUCGAUGAAUUCAUGGAGAUGAUGACCGGCGAAUAAAGUUCCUGGCCAAGAUUUCCGGUCAAUUAAUAUGCCUGCCAACGAGCGUUCACAGAACUUUACGCCUGAUUAACAUCUGGCUGGCGACUGCACCGAAGCCAGCGGGUGCUGAUAGAAUUCUGGUCGAAUUCAUUCAACGAAUAUUUCCACUGUCCGCAUUAACAUAUCUCAUACUUAUAAUGGGAUGUGUGACUGGGAGACAGUGUCAUUAAAACAUGUACAUACAUACCAUUAAUAUUGAUAAAAUAUCGUUACCAACUAUCA